UUCAUUGUCCCCUAGUUUCCUAUAAUCCUUUAGUUGAUUGUGGUUUUUGACGAGGUCCACACUAAAAUUAGUCCAAACCUCUGGAAUAUCUAAGAACCUAUAUCGUACUAAAAACUAUGGAAGAAAGUGUAGCAAAAUCUGCUGUAUCGAAAGAGCGGUACAUAGGAACAGUGCGUUACUUAUGGAUUUGCUUGAUAAGAACGACUCAGUCGCCUCCAUCCAGGAAUCCAGAAAUGCAUUCAACCGUAUGAGACAAAACAAUAUCAUUGAUGAUGGAGUUCAGUUCCACUACGCUAUCGAUCUGUUGCGCACAACUAAGAAGGAAGCAUUACUUUUGUCUAUUAGACUGCUAGAAGAAAUAUUUAACAGGACAAAAGAUGAUGGCCUUCGACGAGACUGCUUAUAUUAUAUGGCUAUUGCUUACAUCAAACUAUCAGACUACGAGAAUGCAACUCGCUGUUGUGAUAACAUACUAGAAAUACAGCCACUAAAUCAUCAAGUCAAAGAGUUGAGGGAUGAAAUUCAGUCACGUGCCAGGAAAGAUGGCCUUACUGGUUUAGCAGUUGUUGGAGGUGCUGUAUUGGGAGCAGCUGCAUUAUUGGGUAUCGGUCUUGGUGUUGGUUUAUCGAAACGUCGGUAAUUAAUUUGAUCUAUGGUUCAACACUUGUGAUUCGGCAAUCAGUGAAUCGAUGAUUGAUCUUCAACCAGAAUCGUUCCUUUUACUUUCAAAUGUAUUUAUUUGUUUUCUCUCUUUGUUUUUAUAAAAAAAUUUCACAUUUUCAUAUAAAGUCAUCAGAUUUAAGGUGGUGAAUUUUUGUUAAUUUAUACCUAUGGGAAAGACUCUUAACUUCAGUUCUUGAAUGUUCUUACUGAUUAACUAGUAGAAAGAAAUAGCCAUAGGGG